GGGGGCUGGAGCUGGAAGCGCCGACGUCGGCUCCUGCGCCGGGCAAAACCUCGCUCCUCAUUGGCUGGUUCUUGGGGACCGCCCUCCCCCUCUUGCCACCCCUGGGUUCCCUCCCGGGUCCGCAGUAGAAACACUGCUCUCUCGCAUCUUGACCCCUGGGCCUUUUUCCUUUCCCUCCCGCCGCCGCCGUCGCUUCAGACGCCCCUGCUCCCGAAGGAGCUCCCGGUUCGGUGAUGGGGUCUCGGGCUUCCACGUUACUGCGGGACGAAGAGCUCGAGGAGAUCAAGAAGGAGACCGGCUUUUCCCACAGUCAGAUCACCCGCCUCUACAGCCGGUUCACCAGCCUGGACAAAGGAGAGAACGGGACUCUCAGCCGAGAAGAUUUCCAGCGAAUUCCAGAACUUGCCAUCAACCCAUUGGGGGACCGGAUUAUCAAUGCCUUCUUUCCAGAGGGAGAGGACCAGGUAAACUUCCGUGGAUUCAUGAGAACUUUGGCUCAUUUUCGACCUAUUGAGGAUAACGAAAAGAGCAAAGAUGUGAAUGGACCAGAACCACUCAAUAGCCGAAGCAACAAACUGCACUUUGCUUUUCGACUCUAUGACUUGGAUAAAGAUGACAAGAUUUCCCGUGAUGAGCUGUUACAGGUGCUACGCAUGAUGGUUGGAGUAAAUAUCUCAGAUGAGCAGCUGGGCAGCAUUGCAGACAGGACCAUCCAGGAGGCUGAUCAGGAUGGGGACAGCGCCAUAUCUUUCACAGAAUUUGUUAAGGUUUUGGAGAAGGUGGACGUAGAACAGAAAAUGAGCAUCCGAUUUCUUCACUGAAGGACUGAGACCAGACUGUUGCCUGCUUUCUAGUAUUUACGAACUGGAACUUGAGAGUCCUCCUGUCCACCAGCCCCACCUCCACCCCAUCAUUCCCCUUCUCCCAAAGUACUACUGCUGUUGCAUGACAACCCCAAAUAUGUUCUGUCAACGUAAACUUGCCUUUGGUGUAUAAACAGGGCAUUACAGAAUGGUACCCCAGUCUAUUUCUGUUCAGUAUCAUUCACCAGUUAUCUCCAUUUCUAAAUAUCAUCUCCCCCGGUUCGCUGCUGAAGGCCACAUAUCCAUCCCGUCUGAAAAAGUGAGAGGCAAUCCAUGCCAAGAACCAACCAGCAAAGCUCUUUCACUGGAUGUAGAAGUCAGCCUUGCUGCCUUCCCUCCAGCCAGGCUUCGGCAUGCUCCUUCGUCCUUUUUUUAUAUGUCCUUUCCUUCCUACUUCUCUGUCACUUAGUUCUUCAGUCUCCCUGCUCUUCAUUAAGCUUCAGCCCCUCUCUUCUACUUGGCCCCCCAAGCUAUGCCUGUUAAGCGUAUUUCUGACUUGGCAGGAUAGUGGGCAGGCUGGCGGUUUCUGUCUACCUUUAUUCUUAAAUGGGUCUCUGGGAUGUUGCCUCUACAGGAGAUUUUCCAUAACCAACACUUCUCUCAAAAGAAUGGUCAUCUCUUGGUCCCCUGCACUCUGCUCUGUCAUCAAAGGGCUGUUGGUUAGAUGUUCUUGGUGAAAGGUGGUGGCCUUGGUGAGAGGUGUAGAGCCAAGGCUUCCACGUGGCUUGCCCAGGUCGCUCUACCUCUGGCCUCUGAUUCUCAACUCACAUAACUACGUGUCUACUCUUGUUAGUACAGUGUUGACUCUUCAGAAAAGGGCCAUAUGCCGGUAGGUUUGCUUAGUUUUCGGAAACCAUCACCACCACAAUGGCUGCCCUGACAUUGUGCUUGGGGCCUUUCUCGUGGCUUUUUGGUCAGGGAGCCUGGGCACUCUGAAAGCCUGGUGUAUCCCCAAACUUAUGCAGCAUGGCUUAUGCCUCAGUGUUACGUGCCCUAGAAUGUGUUUCACGUCACAUUUCCCAAUUGGAUGAUCAGUGUUAACGGAAGUGCCUAACUUAUCCCAGUCUGAGAGAUUUAAAGAUUGUCCUCAGUGUCUUGAAGUUUUGCACAAAAUUCUCAACGAAUUUUACACUUGGCAAAUGUUAAUGCUGGAAGCCAUAGUCCGCUCCUAGAAGAGGUCCCGAGCAUUGAAUGUAUUAUUAUCAUAAGCUGCCUGGUUACAUUGACUUCCCAGCUCCUCUUGCAAACCACUACUCAUCUCUUAGAAACAAGGAGUCUGGCACCAGUGGCACAAACUGAGGUGGCAUUUACAGGCCUUUGCAUGAGCCAGAGCAACUUCUCUGCCUAUACAGCUUAGUAUAGACCUCGGUGAAUCAGGCUGUUGUCCUCCUGUCUUUAUGAGUCUCUUUGUCUAUAUAUCUGCCCUUGGCUGAUUUUCUCUGACUCCUUGCUUGCUCGCUUGGUUGUUUCCUUGCUUUGGAAGGCCUUGUUUCCUUGCUUUGGAAUACUUUUGGCAGGGAAUUGCUUAAAAACAAAAACAAGAUGCUGCAAAGGGAUUGGGAAGAGUGGGAAACAGGAGUGGCCAGGCCAGAUGACUCAAGUAUAAAUGACUGAGGAAUUCUGGAUGAAGUAUCAGUCUGACUUUGUGAUCAAGUGAUGUAAUAUAGGGAAUGGACAAAAGGGAAGAAUUUUCUGACACUUGUCUGUUAGAGAGGUACUUCAGAGGCUCCUUGACUUCCAUAUGUAAAGUUCCUAAGAUAUGGCUUUUUCCUCCUUUUGGCUGUAUAGCAAACUGUUUUAAUCCACGGUUGUGCCUUAUUGUUCCAUUAAAAUUGUAUUCUUCGAUCCAUCAAUAAAUACUUAUGGUUAAAA